GUAUUUUCCCUUCUUACCAAAAGUUUGUCUUUUUUUUUUUUCUUCCAACUUAUCACAAACCAAAAUGGGAGGUGGUGCUAAUAUGACUAAAAUUGAUCAAAAGAUUAAAGUACCACUAUCAAAGCCCCCGUUUAUACUUAGUGAACUCAAGAAGGCUAUUCCUCCUCACUGCUUUCAACGAUCUCUCGUUCGCUCCUUCUCCUACGUUGUUCGGGAUAUCACACUAGUGUUUGUAUUAGGGUAUAUCGCCGCGAAUUACAUCUAUGUCCUUCCAUCCCCAUAUAAUUAUCUAGCAUGGCCUAUUUAUUGGUUUGCUCUAGGUAGUGUUUUCACAGCAAUAUGGGUCAUUGCUCAUGAAUGUGGUCACCAUGGCUUUAGUAAUUACCAAUGGAUAGAUGACACGGUUGGUUUUAUCUUCUACACCUCGAUUUGUGUGCCUUACUUUUCUUGGAAAUAUAGUCAUCGUCGUCAUCACUCCAAUGGGGGUUCCCUUGAGUAUGAUGAAGUCUACGUACCUAGGCUUAAAUCCGAACUACGAUGGUUCUCCAAAUAUUUCAACAAUCUACCAGGACGAAUAAUCGCGUUCACCACCACCCUCACUAUUGGUUGGCCUUCUUACAUGGCCAUCAAUGCCUCCGGUAGACCUUAUGAUCGUUUUGCAAGUCACUAUAAUCCAUAUAGUCCGAUGUAUAAUGAUCGUGAGAGGCUACUAAUAUACUUCUCAGACUUAGGUCUAAUUGCAUUUAUUUAUAUGUGGUAUCGUAUUGCGAUGGUAAAAGGGCUAGCUUGGGUUAUAUACAUGUAUGUAGCGCCCCUUCAAAUGAUGAACAUACUAGUAGUGGUACUAACUUUUUUGAACCACACACAUGCAUUAGUCCCACAUUAUGAUUCUUCAGAAUGGGAUUGGCUAAGAGGAGCUCUAGCUACGAUAGAUAGAGACUUUGGUAUACUAAAUAACGUAUGUCAUAACGUUACAAAUACUCAUGUUUUGCAUCAUUUAUUCACAACCAUACCACAUUAUCAUGCAGUGGAGGCAACAAAAGCUAUCAAGCCAAUACUUGGAGAAUACUAUAAUUUUGAUAGUACCCCAGUUUAUAAAGCAAUAUGGAAGAAUGUAAAUGAGUGCAUCUAUGUGGAAAAAAAUGAAGAAACUCAAGAUAGAGGUGUUUUUUGGUAUAAAAACAAACUCUAAAAGAUGAAUGUAAACAUUUACUAAUUAUUACUUGUAAUUUGGCUAAAUGUUAAGCCUUAAUUUGUAGUAGUUGAAAUAAGGUUUACUUAUAGCUUGUAAUAAUUGGAUUGUUGCAUUUAGAAAUCUUUCUAAUAA